AUGCUUCGGCACGAAUGGGUCGGCUCGACCGGAGUGAUACGACGGCCUCACAGAAAACCGGCUACGGGCGCGUUCCGCACGUCACCAGGCGGCGCCGGCGAGCCGCCACCAGCGCCCCCGCCGCCGCUGUUCCUACCGCCACAUCUAUCGCAUCUCUCUCAGCACCUCAAUCACUUGUCGCAGCCCUUCUUCCCGCUUAAAGGUUGGGGAGCACCCUGCCCUUGUUGCCCCAAGGAAGAGGCUCGCUCAUCCAGCGUGGCCGAACUCCGGCGCAAGGCCCACGAACAUUCCGCUGCACUAUUACACCAGCUCGCAAGCUUCCAGUCGAGGGCAUUACUGCCAUUGCCCCUUCCACUUCCCCUGCCACCAUUGCCAUUAUUGCCACACGAUGCCCCACCUACUUCUCAAGCUCAUGAACCACCUAAACACCUCGAGUAA